ACUUCUGCAGCGUAGUCACGCUUUUCCUUUCGAUUUCACAAAAUCUUUGGGCAGACGGGCUCUAAGGACCUAAACCCUAUAAUCUCUCAACUCUCAAGCGACGGUGUGCAGCGACCUUGGAGUGGCGAGCCAGCGAUACAGAGAGUGACUCCGAGCGGCAACGCGAUUGACGACGAAGCCAGCAACCACCACUGUGCGCCGCCGUCCAUCACGUUUGAGCCGCUCGAGUCGCCGUUACCCUCUGCCUAUUCACCGUUGUGAAAGAACACCGGAAAUAGUCAAGAGUUUUGGUAAAUAAAGAACAAUGACUAAGGCAAAGGAGGCUUUGCUUCCAUCAAUGAUAAAGAAUAAGGCGAAGAGAUCUGAAGUCCAUGCCAAGCUAAAGAACCAAAAGAAAUUGGAGAAGAGGAAGAAGGCAAAGGCCCGUGAAGCUGCCGAGAAACGGGCGCUGGAGCUAGGGGAGGAGCCUCCGGCCAAGAAAACACCCCACACAAUCGAGAACACUCGUGAAGUCGACGAGACUGUGUGCAUGCCUGAUGAUGAAGAGCUAUUUGCCGGCAAUGAUGCAGAUGAGUUCAGCCCUAUAUUGAAUCAGGAAAUCAUCCCUAAGGUCUUGAUCACUACAGCCCGCUUCAAUUCCACAAGAGGUCCUGCUUUUAUUCAAGAUAUUCUCUCGAUCAUCCCCAAUGCGCAUUACUACAAGAGGGGAACCUAUGACCUCAAAAAGAUUGUAGAGUAUGCAAAACAUAAAGACUUCACGUCGGUCAUAGUUGUCCAUACCAACCGUCGGGAACCAGAUGCUCUUUUAGUUAUUGGGUUGCCCAAUGGCCCUACUGCUCAUUUCAAACUUUCUCGGCUUGUUCUGCGGAAGGACAUUAAGAAUCAUGGAAAUCCGACCAAUCAUCAGCCUGAAUUAAUUUUAAAUAACUUCACCACACGGUUGGGACAUCGUGUUGGCAGGCUAAUACAAUCACUGUUCCCACAAGACCCUAAUUUCCGUGGUCGGCGUGUUGUUACCUUUCACAAUCAACGUGAUUUCAUAUUUUUCCGCCACCACAGGUACAUUUUUGAGACAAAGGAAAGCAAAGAGCCCGAAGCAAAAGGUAAAGGCAAAUCCGACAAGGUAGCUAAACCUCAAGAAAAAGUUAUUGCCCGUCUUCAGGAAUGUGGCCCUCGCUUUACGCUGAAGUUAAUUAGUCUUCAGCAUGGAACUUUUGAUACAAAAGGAGGUGAAUAUGAAUGGGUGCACAAGCCUGAAAUGGAUACCAGUCGCAGGAGAUUUUUCUUAUGAUUGAACGUCAGCUGCGAAAGAGAUGAGAACAAAUUUCUAAAUUUUGUUUUGGCAUAUUUCUUAUUUACAUCUGAGUGUAUUCGAGUAUGCGACAGCAUGUAAGAAUACACCUUUAUCACUUUAUGUAGUGUAGUGUACGACAACUUAUUGUGAGAUUUGACAACUUACUGUGUGAUUGGACGAUUUUUGCUGCCCUCUAUAUAUGGCUUGUUUUAUCCCCUCUUGGUAUAAUCCAACUUUAGAUUUUUUUACCCAACAUCCAUGGCCUUGUCAAUCAGGAAGGGCCAUUUUUUUUAAUACCUUACCAAAAAAAAUGUAUACUAUGUCUAGAGGUAUUAUAUGAAACGAGAAGCCUGAGACCUCGAGUUGGCUCGGCUCAUGAAUACUCAAAUUUGAUUUGUUAAAG